AUGGAAGUGGCACAGCCUAUUUUAAAAAAAGGUUACACGUUGUAUAUGGAUAAUUUUUAUUCAUCACCACAUUUAUUUCUGACCUUACUAAAAAAUGAUACGAAUGCUAUUGGAACUGUUCGGAAAAACAGGAAGAAUAUGCCAAAGGUGUUUUCUUCAAUGAAGUUGAAAAAAGGAGAAGUCAAAACUUUAUCCAGUCACGGUUUAUUGGCUUUGAAAUGGAGAGAUAAAAAAGACGUUCACAUACUUAGCACGAAACAUUCAAAUGCUGAUUUGAUAAACACAGGCAAAAGGAGAAAAAAUAAAGUUGGCGAUAGCGAAAAUAUUAUAAAACCGGCAUCUGUGCUUGAGUAUAAUAAAGGUAUGGGAGGCGUUGAUAAACAAGACCAAUUGCUAGCGUGCUUCCCAGUUAUGAGAAAAUGUGUAAAGGGUUAUAAGAAAAUGUUUUUUUAUCUAAUAGAUAUGGCCUUUUAUAAUGCUCAUGUUUUAUAUUCUAAAAUCAACUGCACAACCAAGGCAGGCAUUACUUCCUUUCGUUUAGCUAUUGCCGAAGAAUUGCUGGCGCAAUUGUCAUUGCCAAAUUAUAAACGUCGUGGACGUCCGUCAAGUAGCGAUACGCCAUUUCGUUUGGCAGCGAAAAAUUGGGCGCACUUUCCUGAGAACAUUCCGUCAACUAAGUCCAAGCAACACCCUGGAAAAAGGUGCCGUGUUUGUUAUAAGCAUAAUAUUAGGAAAGAGACUACGUGGCAGUGCAAACAAUGCAAAGUAGCACUGCAUUUACCUACUUCCUUUGAAAAAUAUCACACUCUGCAUAAUUAUUAG